AGCAGCAGCAGCAGCAGCAGCAGCAGCAGCAGCAGCAGCAGCAGCAGCAGCAGCAGCAGCAGCAGCAGCAGCAGCAGCAGCAGCAGCAGCAGCAGCAGCAGCAGCAGCAGCAGCAGCAGCAGCAGCAGCAGCAGCAGCAGCAGCAGCAGCAGCAGCAGCAGCAGCAGCAGCAGCAGCAGCAGCAGCAGCAGCAGCAGCAGCAGCAGCAGCAGCAGCAGCAGCAGCAGCAGCAGCAGCAGCAGCAGCAGCAGCAGCAGCAGCAGCAGCAGCAGCAGCAGCAGCAGCAGCAGCAGCAGCAGCAGCAGCAGCAGCAGCAGCAGCAGCAGCAGCAGCAGCAGCAGCAGCAGCAGCAGCAGCAGCAGCAGCAGCAGCAGCAGCAGCAGCAGCAGCAGCAGCAGCAGCAGCAGCAGC